UCCUACAGAUCCUUUAUGAGCAGUUUUGUACGUUUAUAUUAGACAAGUAUUGGUAGCAGCGAUUACAUUAUCCUUGCGUUAAAGUUUGCGAUCACGCACAGAAUGUUGUUCUAUACACACAGGAAGUGCUAUUCUAGCAGUAGAAGGUAUAGUAGUGACUGGUGAGGGUUCGUCAUGUAGGGCGGCUCGAGUUUGGCGCCAAGGCCGUCAGAAACCCUCGCGCGUGCAGCAAUGGAGGACACCAGCACCUAAUGCUCACACACAGACACAGCAGUGCUAGCAUGAGUGAGAGGCAGAAGCAGCACAGCGGAGGAAAACAGUAGCAUGCUCUUUGAAUUUAUGGAUACGUCAGGAUGAAACGACUCAGGACUUCAAGCAGCAGUGACAGUUCAGACAAUGAGAGUCCCUCGACAUCCUUUUCCUCUAACAAGUAUGGAAGCAAACCAGGCACCCCCGCCUCUGCUCAGAAGAAACCGGCAGAGGUGUUCAGAAAAGACUUGAUCAGUGCCAUGAAGCUUGCAGACUCUCACCAUAUUUCACCUGACGAUUAUUACUUGUUGGCGGACACAUGGAAGCAGGAAUGGGAAAAGGGUGUACAAGUACUCGCUAGUCCAGACACUAUCCCUCAGCCCUCUGUGAGGAUAAUAGCAGAGAAGCCAAAGGAGGUCCUCUUCUCCAAACCGAGGAAAUAUAUUCAAUGCUGGAGUCAGGACUCUACGGAGACGGGUUACGUCAACAUCAAGGAGCUGGCUGAAGCUAUGUGUAGAUACGACCUAGAUGAUAUGGAUCUAUAUUGGCUUCAGCAGCUCAAUGCAGAGCUUGGGAUAAUGGGUGACGGGCCGGUGGAUGAGCUGACGAUGGAGCGGGUGAUGGAGGCACUGGAGAGACAGUGCCAUGAGAACAUGAACCACGCCAUCGAGACUGAGGAAGGGUUGGGAAUUGAGUACGAUGAGGAUGUCAUCUGUGAUGUAUGUCGCUCACCUGACAGCGAGGAGGGCAAUGACAUGGUCUUUUGUGACAAGUGUAACAUUUGUGUGCACCAGGCCUGCUAUGGCAUUGUGAAAGUGCCAGAUGGGAACUGGUUGUGCAGGACUUGUGUGCUUGGCAUCAAUCCCCAGUGCCUUCUGUGUCCUAAAAGAGGGGGUGCAAUGAAGGCCACCAGGGCGGGCACUAAAUGGGCUCACGUAAGCUGUGCGCUCUGGAUACCAGAGGUGAGCAUUGCUUGCCCGGAGAGGAUGGAACCCAUCACCAAAGUGUCUCAUAUUCCUCCCAGUCGCUGGUCGCUCAUCUGCAGUCUCUGUAAACUCAAGACUGGAGCCUGUAUACAGUGUUCGGUUAAGAACUGCACCAUCCCUUUCCACGUCACUUGUGCUUUCGAACACAGUCUGGAGAUGAAGACCAUCCUGGAUGAAGGUGACGAGGUCAAGUUCAAAUCCUACUGUCUGAAGCAUAGCAAACCCAAAGCAGGAGAAGCGGGCUUGAGUCCGGCCUGUCACAAACCUCCAACUGAGACUGAGAAACUGGGCUUGAGGGCACAGAAGCUUCAGGAGCUGGAGGAGGAGUUCUAUACACUCGUUCAUCCUGAGGAAGUGGCCCGAGACCUUGGACUGCCAAUCAGCCUGCUGGAUUUUAUCUUUCAGUACUGGAAGAUGAAGAGGAAAAGCAACUUUAACAAGGCCCUGCUGCCACCUAAAGAAGAUGAAGAGAACCUGUUGUUGCAGCCACAGGAGGACAGCAUCCACACACGAAUGCGCAUGUUCAUGCACCUGCGGCAGGACUUGGAGAGGGUGAGAAACUUGUGUUACAUGGUGAGUCGAAGAGAGAAACUGAAGUUGUCCCAGAGUAAAGCUCAGGAGCAGAUUUUCAAUCUACAUGUCAAACUCAUCAACCAAGAGUUAUCUGCAGGGCUUCCAGUGUCCUCUUCUUUAGAGAACCUAUUGUUCCACCCUCCUAGGAUAACCCUAAAACUCAAAAUGCCCAAAGUGUCACUUGGCAAUGGCAAGACCAGCUCCAAAUCUGGUAAUGGCCCCCUGUGCCCGGAUAACAGCGGUAACGUAUAUGAUACUUGUGAGGGAGGCAUCGGUCAAGGGAAACCGCAACUUCAUCUCGGACGGAUAAGGAUCGAAGAGCGUGCCAACGGUCUCUUGCCAGCCUCCGUCUACAUUCGACGAGACGGCGGGACUCCCCCAUUGGCCGUGAAGCAAUCUGGCAAACCUUUAGCUCUGCACGCUGCCCUCCACGGUCAGUCGUCCAAUAGAAAAAGCAAGACUGAACCAGAGAAAACCCGCCAAUUAAAAUCCAACGGCAUUAUGGACAAGCCCGUCCUCCAAAGAGACACUUCCUGCCAGACACCCAGUGAGAAAGACACAUGCAGUGAGAUUUCAGGAAAAAGCCAGUCAGGUGGAUUCCACAAAACGUCUCUUGAACACUUCAGUCGAUCUCUCAAGGAGGCCACUGUCAGUUUAGUACGGACUGAGGAUCUUAGAGCAUUUGAGAAGAACGCACGCAAGUCUUCCGGAUUCUCCAAACCGGUUCCCAACGAGCGGCCACUAGGGGGCAGCAAAUCAUGCCAGGAGAGUGACGGUUACUGUCCGGAUGCAGAGCUCAGUGACUCUGAGCCCGAGGCUAAAGGGAAGUGCCGGCAGGGAGGGAGGGGACAAAACCAGAGGGGACCAGCUGGAGACUACGUCAAGUCUACCAGCAGAACAAAACUGUCUUUUGGCUCUAGGACGUCAGUGCAAAGGUGACAAUCUUCAAAAGCAUUAAAAACAUCUUAAACCCACUGCCACAAAUUACUGUAGUCCUCUGGUGUAAUCAUAAGCGCCAGAUUCAGUUUUCCUCUGUUGAGGAUCAGCCGAUGGUUUUUAGUACAGUGUGCCAAAACAUUCUCCCUGGCUGAUUGCGGAAGUGCAAGUGAUUGGUCUAUUUUUGUGUUGGACUGAUAUAUAUCACUGUGUCUUUCUAACCAGCCAUAGUGUUUCUGCUGCACUUGGACUCAGUACGCGAGAGCACAUAUGCAGUAGGUUUUAUGGGCUGUGAAGCAGUGUUUCUGUACAUAAAAGGAACCUCACUUUUUAGACUGUACAUAGUAGUUUGUGUUAAGAUGUGGAGCACGUUGAGAUGCUUUCCACGUACUGAAACGUUAUCCUACUUUCUUACUGAUAUGCUUAUGCAAAUAAAUAAAGACUUAAGAACUCUGA